AUGGGGAAGAUUCUUUUACAAUGGCAUUUCAAAAAAAAACAAUGCGAAUUAAUGGAUGCAAUGAAGUAUCAUGAUAAAUGUGAAACGAUACGAGAAGCUAUGGAAAAGAUGAAUGAAAUUAUUCAAAAUCAAUUGCUGGAAACGCAAGAAAAUAAAUCUAAAUCAGAUAAUUUGCCAGAAGGUUGUGUUCCGAUGGAAAUAGAGAAUGCCAUAAAAGAUUUUAAAGAUAUGGCCGAAAAAAUCGUCAUGAACGAAACAGAUAUAGAGAAUUCUAUCUCAAGGUUUAAUAUAGAUCAAUCAAAUAUUUUCAAAAAAAUUACUUCUGUCUUACAGUCUAAUGACAAAAUUUUGAGAAUUUUCAUAAGUGGCCCAGGUGGUACUGGAAAAAGUUUCUUGAUCGAAACUAUUGUCGCAUGGAAUAAAAUAAUACGUAACAAAGAAACAGCUGUUACAGCCCCUACUGGGAUAGCAGCUUACAAUGUUUCUGGUUUAACUAUUCAUAGACUUCUACAUUUACCAGUGGAGCAUGGGUGUACAGCGAAAUAUAAAGAACUAUCGCCUGCAGCUUUGAAACAAAUACGGCAAAGCUUGGAAAAUGUUGACUUGAUUAUUAUUGAUGAAAUAUCCAUGGUAUCUAAUAUUACAUUAAUGUAUAUUCAUUUACGUCUUACUGAAAUCUUCAAUACUUCCGAAUGCGAUGAUGGUUGGUUUGGAAAAAUACAUAUUAUUGUAUUUGGUGAUUUGCUUCAACUUCCACCUGUUCGAGAAAAUUUUGCUUUCGUUGAAGUUGCGAAAAAAGAUAUUGAAAAAUAUAUCGGAGCAAUAAAUUCAUUUAAUUUGUGGACUUUAUUCGAGUACGAUGAGCUGACAAUUAACAUGAGGCAAAAAAAUGAUAAUCAAUAUAACGAAAUACUCAGUAGACUAAGGUUAGGAUUUUUGACUGAUAUAGAUAUCAAUGUUCUACAACAGCGAACACUAAAAUUUUCAAGUACAAAUAGUCUUGAAAUAAUGCAAGAAUUGUGCGCGGUAUAUGAAAAAUUACCUACUGAUACUGUAUGUUUGUUACCAACGAGGAAUAUGUGCGAUAUUUUAAAUGAUGCUAUGCUGCGUAGAAUUGAUUCUGAAGAUAUAAAUCUUAUAGCUAACGAUUCUUUCAAAUGUCCGAAAAAUUUGCAAAAGAAAGUUUUAAAAAUGUUAGAUGAGGACAAAGAUAUGCUUGUGGAAUUGAGCGCGUAA